GGCGGCGAAUGGCUGACGCGCCUGUCAGUCAGGCAGCUCACAUGCUGGUUAGCCUGGGCUGGGAGAGCUGAGAGAGUGAUGUGAGAGUUAGCUGGGGAGCUUCCCUGACAUCCAUCCCAUGUAUCUGCGCUGCUGCUAGCCGCCUGAUGCCUUCACUCCAUGGCUCCCCGCCUGCCAUUCCCCGCGGCAGCCCUGAGCUCGCUGCUGGCCACGCUGGAUAGACCGGGCUGCCCGCUCACCGCGGUGCUCCUCAUCCUCCUAACUUUCUGCGUCCAGGCUUCCCAGUCCACGGGUUAUUUCGAGCUGCAGCUGAACUCGCUGAAGAAUGUCAACGGAGAAUUGUUGAGCGGAGAAUGCUGCGAUGAUGUGAAGAGCUCCCAGAACCAGGACUGCAGCAAGGAUGAGUGUGACACCUAUCUCCGAGUGUGCCUCAAGGAGUUUCGGGCCAAGAUUGCCCCCACUGGGCCGUGCAGCUACGGCUCCGGACAUACUUCGGUUCUUGGUGGAAAUACUAUUUAUUUAAACAACAAACUAAACCAACUGGGUAAAAACACUCCUGGAGAGAACGGCAGGAUUGUUAUCCCUUUCCAGUUUGCCUGGCCGAGAUCGUUCACGUUAAUUUUGGAGGCUUGGGACUGGGAUAAUGACACCAACGUGGAUGACAGUCUUCUGAUUGAUCGUGUUCCCUACACUGGAGUUAUCAACCCGGAAGACCAAUGGACCCCCUUGGCCUUGCAUGGCCACGUUGCCCACUUUGACGUGAAAAUUCGAGUCAAGUGUGACGCAAAUUACUAUGGAGUUACGUGCAACAAGCUUUGCCGUCCCAGGGAUGACUUUGUUGGUCAUUAUACUUGUGACCAUAAUGGAAAUAAAGCUUGCAUGGAAGGCUGGAUGGGGGAAGAAUGUAAACAAGCUAUAUGCAAACAGGGAUGUGACUUAAUCCACGGUGGAUGUACUGUUCCUGGAGAAUGCAAGUGUCACUAUGGAUGGCAAGGCGAUUAUUGCAACAAGUGUGUUUCUUACCCCGGCUGUGUUCACGGGAGUUGCCGCUUGCCGUGGGAAUGUAACUGUGAGACCAAUUGGGGUGGCCUUCUAUGCGAUAAAGAUCUAAAUUACUGUGGAACACAUCAUCCAUGCCUAAAUGGUGGAACUUGCAUGAAUACGGAACCUGACAAAUAUCAUUGCGCUUGUGCAGACAGCUACUCGGGAAAGAACUGUGAAAUAGCUGAACAUGCCUGCGCUUCCAACCCAUGUGCAAAUGAUGGCAUCUGUCAUGAAGUCUCCUCUGGAUUCGAGUGCCAUUGCCCACCAGGUUGGACCGGUCCAACUUGCGCAGUUGACAUUGAUGAAUGUGCAUCCAACCCUUGUGCUAGUGGCGGAAUUUGUAAAAACCUUAUUAAUGGCUUCGAGUGCAUAUGUCCUCCACAGUGGGUCGGGACCACCUGUCAGCUGGAUGCUAAUGAGUGUGAGGGAAAACCCUGUGUUAAUGCUGCUUCUUGCAAAAAUCUGAUUGGUGGAUAUUACUGUAACUGCAUUACAGGAUGGACAGGAAUAAACUGUCACAUCAAUAUUGACGACUGCCAUGGUCAGUGUAAAAAUGGAGGUAUUUGUAAGGAUAAGACCAACGGAUACCGCUGUUUUUGCCCUCGUGGUUAUAUUGGCAAGAACUGUGAGAUUGAGUUGAAUGAGUGUGCAAGCAACCCAUGUCAGAACGGAGGUGUCUGCGAUGACCUGGUCAACGGGUUCCACUGCCGCUGUCUCCCUGGCUUUGCCGGCACCACGUGCGAGGUGGACAUUGACUUCUGUGACCCGAACCCUUGCCAAAAUAAAGCUCCUUGCUACAACCUAGGCGGUGAUUACUAUUGUGCCUGCUCCGAUGACUAUGACGGGAAGAAUUGUUCUCAUCUUAAAGACCACUGCAAAAAUGGCUCUUGCAAAGUCAUAGACAGCUGUACAAUAGCGAUUUCUACUAAUGCCACCCAGGAAGGUAUCCGUUACAUCUCCUCUAAUGUCUGUGGGCCUCAUGGGCGCUGCAUCAGUCGGCCUGGUGGAAACUUCACCUGUUCCUGUGAUCGAGGAUUCACUGGUGCAUAUUGCCAUGAAAAUAUCAACGACUGUCUUGGGACUCCAUGUAAAAAUGGCGGAACUUGUACAGAUGAAAUUGACUCUUUCAGAUGUUUCUGCCCAAGUGGUUGGGGCGGAGAAUUCUGUGAUAUAAACUACAAUGAUUGCAACCCAAAUCCUUGCCAGAACAGCGGCCGAUGCAUUGACUUGGUAAAUGAUUUUGUUUGCCAGUGUGAAAAUGGAUGGAAAGGCAAAACUUGUCACUCCCGUGAAUAUCAGUGUGACCCCAGCACAUGCAGCAAUGGGGGUACAUGCUUUGACACUGGUGACACUUUCCGUUGUCUCUGCACUUCAGGAUGGGAAGGAGCCACGUGUAACCUUGCAAAGAACAGCAGCUGCCUCCCCAACCCCUGUGCUAAUGGAGGAACUUGCGUGGGCAACGGAGAUUCCUUCUCUUGUAUGUGUAAAGAAGGAUGGGAGGGACGUACCUGCACGCAGAAUACAAACGACUGCAAUCCAUACCCUUGUUACAAUGGUGGUAUUUGUGUUGAUGGCGUGAACUGGUUCCGUUGUGAAUGCGCCCCUGGAUUUGCUGGGCCUGACUGUAGAAUCAACAUAGAUGAAUGCCAGUCUUCCCCUUGUGCAUAUGGUGCCACCUGUAUAGAUGAGAUAAAUGGCUUCAGAUGUACCUGCCCUCCAGGACGAGCUGGUCCACGUUGCCAGGAAGUGAUUGGCUUUGGAAGAUCUUGCUGGUUAAAAGGAAUGCAGUAUCCACAUGGAAGCAAGUGGGAGGAGGAAUGUAAUAGCUGUCAUUGUGUGGAUGGACUGGUCGAUUGUACCAAGACUUGGUGUGGCCGAAAGCCGUGUCUACUGGAAAAGCUUCAUGACCGGAGUCAGUGCCCCCAAGACCAGGAGUGUGAGCCAAAGAUUUCUUCUACGAAAUGCUUUCAACCACCAUGCCGGGACUGGGGGGAGUGUAGUGCUCCGGACGUGUCUCAUGUGAUUCUGUGCCUGCCUAACUCUGGAUACCUGGAUAAUAACUGUGCCAGAAUAACACUAAUAUUCAACAGUGAAAAAGUUCCACAGGGAACUACAGUUGAAAAUAUAUGCUCCGAGAUCCGAUAUCUGCCAUCAAUCAGGACUGUAUCCAAAGAUCAACAGCUCAUAGUCUUGUGUGAUGUCUCCUAUUCAGCAGAAAAGGCAGUAGAGGUCGCAGUAGCAUUUGUCUCACAAGCAGAUAGUCAAGACAAUAACCUUAUUCAGAACGCUGCCAAUACAAUUGUGAAUGCCAUAACCAAACGGCAAAACAGUACAGUCAUGUUGGCGGUCACAGAAGUCAAAGUUGAAACAAUGGUGGUAGAUGGCUCCAGUUCAGAUUAUCUCGUCCCAAUUCUUUGUGUUGUCUUUGGCAUUGUUUGGGUAGCGUGUAUAAUCAUAUGUGUCUGGUGGAUGCGAAAGAGAAGAAAAGAGCGAGAGAGAAGGCGCGAAGGCCGCCAAGAAGAUGAAACAAAUAACCAACGUCAGCCUUUAAAUCCAAUACGGAACCCAAUUGGGGUGCCUUAUAAAGACAUUCAGUAUGAAUGCAAAAACCUUCUUUAUAAUCAAAAAAGAACUUCUCCUGAAGAGGGAGUGAAAGAGGAUGUAGUGGAUAAAGAGGAGGACAUAGAGGAGGACGAGUGCCUCCCUCAAUCAUACACAAAGACUUAUACGAGCAUAGGGGAUAUUGACUGCUCAAAAAGUUCCCCUGUUAAGAUACCACAUCGGACAAGUCCUGACAAAGUGGAUAACAGAUGUGUUAAAAAUGUGAAUGCGCCGCACUGAAGGAAGUAAAGCCGUGUCUAUGUACAAAGAAAGGAUGUUGUGCCUAUGCUAUGGAUGGAACGAGGAGUGAAACAGAAUUCAUCUCCAAUAUGUUGACCCUUCUACCGAUGUUGGGUCUUCGGCACGUUGCUCAGCAAUGCUCGUGGGCCUGCUCUCCUCUGGACAAGUGGUUCAGGACUAAAAUCUGGACUCUUCAUUUCUUUAUAUUAUGUAAAAAAAACUUUUUUUUUUUUUGUUGUUGCUGUAGUCUUUCUGUAAGUUAUUUGUGAUUUGGUCAAAUGACAAAAGAAAAGUUCUUUGAUGGUUGCUAUUUUUAUAAACAUUUGCUUUAAAUCCUCAAAGUCAAGAGAAGAUGAAAGAUUCUCUUCAUUAUCAUGUAAAAUUUAUUACGCAAAGAUUGUACAGUUGUUUACAAUAUAUUUUUGUUUUAUUGCUUAUAACUUUAAUGAGCAUCCAAUUCCCCAGGUUGAUGAAAAUUAAGUGAUUUAAACUUGUUUUCUGAAACGAAGACCUCUGCCCAGUGAACGCCAAUGAAAGCCCCAACAGACAAGGUGGUAUAGAAAUCUGUGCCCUGCUCACAUUCAUUGUUGCUUCUAUUGCUGGUUCUGCAAACUAUGCCUUAUUAAUAUUUUAACAAGAACAACAUUAAUGCGACAUAAAGAUCCUUGAACUGUGGCAUAUAAAGUGUCUUUUAUUUUUUAUGGUUAUUUUUGUUAUAUAUAUUUUUUAUUUUAGGAUUGCAGUAUUGAUGUAUGUGACAAGUGCCUUGAGAUUAAACUUCUUUUCUAUAGCAACUGUCAAAGACUACCUUCUGCUUUAAAAAAAAAAAAAAAUAUAUAUAUGAAAGCAGAGUGCUAGGGUCCUCUUCGUUGGGACAUUUAUUUUCUAAAUGUUGUGUAUAUAUGUAUAUAUUGAACGAAUCCCUCUGUAUAUUUGAUUUAUAAACAAUAUUUCAGAAUUUUUCUUCUUGACAUGCCAUUCCUUUUUAAUUUAUGUUUCAGAAGGGAGGUUUUAUGACUGAGUUUGUUUUUAUUAUUUUAUUUUUGGGUUUUUUGUUUUUGUUUUUUAUUUUUUUGUAAAGAUGUCCAGAUUUAGUAAAGGGAUGUUAAUAUAAUCAAUGUUAAAUGUCUGGUCAGUUGUACCUGCAUUGUGACAGCGAGUAGAUAUGUGUAUUUAGUUAUAGAGAUAAGCGCCAGUAUUCUGGUUUUUCAAGGAUAUAAGUUUGGCUGUACACAUAGGGGUGUAUUCAAUAGAUGUCUGAUCCUUUCCGAUGGAAAGGAUCUGACCUCUCCGUAUUCAAUGAGUCUGAUUUUGGCCGUUCCCGACAAUGCCAACCCGACUUUUUUUUUUAAAGUCUGAUUGUCAUUGUCGGAACCGGGGCCAAAACCUGUCUGAUUUGGCCGCGGGAUCCGACAAAACACGUGGAUCCGCGGCUUGUCGUGAAUUCCCAACUUGUCGGAAAAACGGAGGCAGCAUUGAAUAGGUCGGAACCCCUACCGACUUAAAGUUGGAAACUGCCGUCUUUCCGGCAAGACUGUAGUUUCUGACUUCAAUUGAAUGCCCCCAUAGUGUCCAUGAUGCCGAACAACAUAGGGAUGCAAGAAUUUCCUUUUUGUUAAUUAGAUGGGGGAAUUAUAUUCUGUUCUUUUUUUAUAGUUUCAAUUUCAGGCAUAAUGAAGGGAACAAUUUUUAUUUU